AUGGUGGCUCCAUGUAUUGAAAAAGAUAUUGCUCAUUGUUUCUCACAAACAAUACUUACAUCAACUUUUGAAGAAAUUGGGGAUGAUGUUUUUGCUUUAUUAGUUGACAAGUCCAUCAAUUUGAUGUUGAAAAUUUUGGGGAUCACAAACAUAUCGUCGCAAGCUCUACAAAGAAAGGAUCAAGAUAUCAUGAAUGCUAUAAGUUUGGUGAAAUCAACUACUACAACGCUAAAAAAAAUGAGAAAUGAUAGUUUUGAUGCACUUAUGUUGGAUAUCGCCUUUUCUGUGAGAAUAAUGUUGAACAUGGUGGAAGUUUAUGUUAAUCCAAGAAUCCGAAGACAAUAUACCAAUAUCUCUAAUCGCCAUUAUUACGAGGUUUUUUGUUUUAACAUGCUUUUCGGUAUUUUAAUUCAAGAGUUUAGUGAUCGUUUUAGUGAGAUCGAUGGUAGAGACAUCGUCACUGGUGGUGGUGGUGGUGGUGAAGCCGUCGUCACCGGUGGUGGCGGUGGUGCAACAAGCGAUGAGAGUGGUGGUGUUCAUCAAAUUGCUGGUUGA